GUAAAAAAUAAAAAUAAAAAUAAAAAAAAAUUAAAAGGAUGGCAACCUUUCAUUCUAACAUAAUAUAAAAAAGAUUAAAUAAUAUAAGAAUUAAUAACACAGGGUUUAAUUAAACAAACGUUGAUAAAUAUGAAUUCUGUAAUUUAUCAAGUAUCACAUUUUAGAAAAAAAAAUUGAAAAAAAUAAAAAAUAAAAAAAAACAGAACACCUACUGUCUCGAUAUACAAAUUAUUAAUAAUGAUAACUCUUUCAUUCUGUUUCGUUGUGCGCUUUUGGAUUCUCAUUUAAUAACACCGGUCUUAUUAAAACUAACGAAAGUUGAAAAUCGAUAGUAUGCGAAUGGGAACUAUUACGAAAGGAACAUUGCAACUCAAUAUACUUUAUGCAUAAUUUGUGCACUGUUGGAUUCAAUCUCGUUUGCUUCCUCAAAUCACCGACCUCUCAAAUGUUGAAAAUGGCCACUUGAUUGCAAUAUUCAGUUUAUUCGCCACUUGAUGCUACUGUUUAUUUUACAAGACAAUAUUUUUCUCUCUCGUACUAUACCAACUUGCUGCGGUCUUCCGUAGAGUUGCAAGUUUUUUUGGAUAAACAUUAAUAUCGUGCCGGCACGAACACUCAAUUAACACGUCGUUUUAUACCUACUCGGCUUUUGUUGGGUAUCAUUAAGCAAUUCUUACAAAGUAGCAUAAUCAGUUGUUUCUGUGCGUACAUUCGUGCGUAACAUUGAUUGGAUUACCCGCUUGAGCCAAUUUCAUUAACAAUUCUAUUUAAGAGCUGGACCUCUCUCAAAGCAAUCUUUACAGUCAUAGGUCUUUCCAUUAAGUCGGGACCUUUAUACAAAGCCGCGGUCUAUCCUUGUGUGGAGAAAUUGAAUCUCUUUUAUCCUCGCCUUUGCUGUGAAUUAUUCUCUAAUUGAGAAUUGUAACUCCCGUUCCUUCUUCAAAAACAUAAAAAAGAGCGCUAUUGCAUACCGUGCUCUUCUGUAUAUAACCAGGACCGGUGUUUUUUUAUUUCGAAAUUUGUGUUCAGAAAAAAACACAACAUUUGUCCUUCUUUCGCCUGAAUCAUUCUUCUCUGCCCUUAAAGUUCCACUUAAGGAAGCCUGUGCCUUUUCAGAAAACUAUUUUCCUCGACAACUUUGGUAUUGUUUAUUUGUUUACCAAGUGAUCUAUAAAGUUAUUUACCUUUUGUCUUCAAACUCAACGAAAACAUCUUACCAGAACACAACUAAAAGCUUCAGUUUUUGAAUCUUUAAGUGUUCUCUGUUAAAACGUUUCAUUCACCAGUUAUUACAAAUCAUUCUGUUUAGAGAAGUUCAUCACUCGUUUAGUGAUUCAUAUCUUUUCCGGCACAAUUUGAUUUGUUCUUCUUCUUCGUCUCUACUGACAGUUUCCCUAUUGUACCCUUUCUUUCGGGUAAGAUCUUUUAAUUGCCCCAACAUUUUCUCUUGUCAUUUCAAGCAAGUCAAUUAUGAAUAUGCAAUUUUCCCAAAUGAUUCCUCAGCAACCAUUUGACAACGGUGCUUCAUUCAAAACUUCGCCAUCAACUUUGGAAGCUAUUUGGAAAAGCAAGCUCAAUGAGCCUUUGUCUAUUGGUUUGGAUAACCCGGCGUCAAAUGCCUUCUCAAAUCCAUCCAAUCUCAACUUUCUUCGAAGAAAGUCUUCGACGAAACCUCCAUUGAUGGGCGGCAUCGAUUCCUCUACCGUGACAUCUAAUGCACCGGUCAGCAAGCCUAUUGAUGGCGGACUGUUCCGCAACAACUUUCACCUGCCGCAAGGAUUGGAUGAAGAUUUAGAGGACGACGCCUUUUCUUGCUCUCUGCAAAUGUUUCAUCAUUUCCCUAAGGAUUUUGAUGAACGAGAACUCUUCGGCAUUUUCACGUUCUGUCCGGGUUUCAAGAAGGCACAACUGGUGCGAGAACACGGAGAACCAGUGGCUAUUGCAACGUUCACCACACCUUCUUUAGCGGCAGCAGCUAAGCAGCAGCUACUAAAGUCACCGGUGUAUUCGUUCACCAUUGUCCAGUCGGACACAACGCCUGUUCGCUGCGACAACGUUGGUGCCCCCGGUCAACCGCCUGAACCAAGCGAUGCUAGUCGAAGGCCAAGCUUUGCGAAACAGUUCCCAUCAAGAGAGAAAGAUGGAAUCGCAGCACCACAUCUCCUCAACACUGCAACAGGUCUUCAACGUUUUGAGAAUGUUCCAAACGAGGUCCGUAAUCCUGUCAGUUUGUCUGAGAACCCAUCUGUGUUUCCUUAUGCCUCCUCCGGAGGCUUGACGGGAUCAUCUUUGCUGCCCAUCGACAGAGGCGUUUGGGGAAAGAUGCCUAUGGGUUCUCCUGAUGAUAAUCAAAGAACAAGCGACUCUGAGUCCAGUUGGGACUCCUUCAAGCUUAACCAAACGUUCUCCGUUCAGAAAUUAUCUCCGUUUGUCACUGCACAGCAUACUAAUUUGGCGACGAAGAUGCAGUCACCAACCUCAGCAUUUCCUGUCCCUAUGCACCUUUCCUCCGCUUCAGAAACGACGACGACCACAUCUUACAGCCCUCCCCGCACCUCCGUAUCUGCUACUAGCGAUACGCAGGACAAGGUCGCGACAUCUAAGCAAUCAUCAACUUCUCCUUCGCUUCGCAGCAAUACCCACGUUCGAACGCAUUCUGCUGAUUACUCGAGCAUUGCCGCACAAAAUGCAAACGUGCCCAGUUUCGAGCCUGCAUCCCGUCACUCUUCUUCACCCAAGAAGCCUGUCGUAAUGCCCAUGGUAAACACGAAUCCUGCUGACCAGAAUCCGCCCUGCAACACGCUCUACGUUGGCAACUUGGCCGCCAACACAAAGGAAGACGAACUGAGAGAACUGUUCUCUAGACAGAGAGGUUAUCGCAGAUUAUGCUUCCGCACGAAAGGAAUUAGUCCUAUGUGUUUUGUCGAGUUUGAGGAUGUCAAGUACGCAACUGCCGCCUUAUUCGAGCUUCAAGGCGUUUGUUUGAGCAACAGUGUCAAGGGUGGAAUUCGUCUUAGUUUCUCCAAGAACCCAUUAGGCGUCCGCUCUAGUGCUGACAACGCAACUUCCGUUUUUGGUGCCAACUUAAACGCUGUAUGUGUUGCCUCUCCUGCUGGUUUGGAACGAAAGUCCUCAAGCAACUUGAAGGCUGCAUCAAAUGCCAGUGCAGACAAACAGUCCCAGUCUUCGAGUGGAUCCCGUACGCCAGAAGACGAAGUCAGUAAGGCUCGUCUUGAGGAGAGUGCCGACCUUUUUGGAAAGUAAUCGCCUUUUUUUUUUUGUAAUCAUGUACACGCUGUUGUUGAUGCGCAUUAAUGACUAAUUUAAUGAAUGUUUUUUCGUCUAUAAGUUUACAGUGGCACUUGUCCCGUCUGUUUAAUAAAGGUGAUAAAUAAUGUAUGGCAAGGA